AUGACGAAGUCCAAGGAAGGUGCAUUCGAGCUGAUCGAGAAUCUUGCAGCGAGCUCGAGCAACAAGAACGCUGAGUACGACAGAACAGUGAGCACUGUAUCUGUCAAAGGAAGCAGUGCUGACGCGAAGAAGAUUGAGGAGCUCACGGCUAAGGUGAAUCUAUUGAUGAAGGCGCAGCAGAAGUCUGUUCAUUUUGUUGACGAAAAUGAUGCACCUAUCUCUCAAGAGUUUGGAGGAGAAGAGGAUGAAGAUGAUCAGAUGGAGGUCAACUAUGUGAAUGGGCAAGCCUUUUGUGCCGAACCGUGGUUUCAACUCGAACUACAGAAACCAUCCGAACAUGUCCUACAGGAGCACCAACGUCGAGAACCCUCAGGAUCAGGAGAAGACCUUGCCCCAAACCAGAAUCGUUCUCAAGGUGGUAACCAACAGAAGGCGCAGUUCAGCAAUCAGCAACAACCUUCAGGUUCAUCGAACAACUCGAACGAUGAGCUUAAGGGUAUGAUGCAGCAGAUGUUGAUGAACCAGCAGAAGUCCACUGCGGAGACACACUUGAAGAUAGACACCAUGUACAACGAUCUGAAUGGGAAGUACGAAGCUGUGUGGACUCAUGUGAAGAAGCUGGAUGUCCAAGUAGCUCAAACCGCUGAAGCAGUGAAGAGACCUCAUGGAACCCUUCCUGGGAAAGGAGAGCAAACCCCAGGAACGAGUAUGUUGCACAAGUUGAGCUGA